AUGACCCCAACCAUAAGAGAUAUACAUGUCAAAACACACUAUAUAAUGAAAUUGGUGAAUGAAAAUUUACUAGUAUUUAGCAUUUUUAACAUAAAAAAAGUAUAUCAAGUACUCAUACUGAAAGACUUCAAAGAAGACAAUGAUGGAAUUCUACAGUCAUCACCCAGAGUUGAUUUGGAAUUUCUAGAUGUUAAAAAUAUUCAAACUUAUCAAAAAAAUCACAAAAUCCGUAUUACAUUGAGUUCCAUUAACAUCAAAAGUUUGAAAAGUGCCUGCUCCGCAAUGAUUGCCAAUAUCAAACAGAGAAAACUGCCAGUUAAAAGACCAAAGCGUAAAACAAAAAUCUUGCGUAUAAUUACAAGAAAAACAUCUUGUGGUGGAGGAUUUAAAACAUGGGACAGAUUUAAAAUAAAAAUUCUCAAAAGAGUGAUCGAUCUCAAAUGCUCAAGUGAUGACGUCAAACAAAUCAUUAAUGUCAACCUCGAACCUGAUGUUAUUGUCGAAGUUAGCAUUAUUAGCGAGUAA